AUGCCAGCCAUCAUCGCCAUCAUCAACGGAAACAAAACCAUUAACCCAACCACCACCGUAAUAGCAUACAAAAUCCAAUUACGUCUACUUAUAAAACGAGACAACGUGAAAGUUGUAUAUAACGUGGCAAGUCAUCAACAGAAUUCUGCGCUCCGUGAUCCGAAUAUAUUGUCGGGUGAAAUUGUUACCGAGUCGAUCAAUAAUAAACAUCUAUGUUGUGCUAGCAUAUUAGUAGACUCAUUCACAGCAUUAGCACACAUGAUAUGCCUUGGCCAACUAAUAGCAUGUCAUCACAGCUUAGUAUACAUGAUGAGCCAUAGCAGUCGUCAUAGCACUUCUGACUAG